AUGUUCAAAGAUGCUCAUGCCUUCAUCUCUAAGUGUGAGGCUUGUCAAAAGGCAGGGAACAUCACGGCGAGGAACGAGAUGCCUCAGAAUCCUAUCUUGGAAGUUGAGGUGUUUGAGAACCUUUUGAAGAAAUAUGGUGUAAAGCACAAGAUAGCUACACCAUACCACCCUCAAACUAGUGGUCAAGUGGAGGUAUCUAACAAGCAAAUCAAAGCCAUACUCCACAAGACAGUGAACUCGUCAAGGAAGGACUGGUCAGAGAAAUUGGAUGAUGCUUUGUGGGCUUAUAGAACUGCUUACAAAACGCCAAUUGGGAGAUCUCCAUACUCUUUGAUCUAUGGGAAGUCUUGCCAUUUGCCCCUUGAGUUGGAAUAUAGAGCUAGAUGGGCAAUCAAGUUCCUAAACAUGGAGCUAAGUACAGCUCAGGAGAAGCGGGAAAUGGACCUCCACGAACUAGAGGAGAUUCGCUUGGAUGCUUGA